AUGGAACAUAAUGGGUCUGCUUCAAAUGCUGAUAAAAUCCACCAGAAUCGCCUGUCGAGUGUGACAGAAGAUGAAGACCAAGACGCUGCUUUUACCAUCGUGACUGUGCUGGACAAAGUAGCUGCCAUCGUGGACAGCGUGCAGGCCAGCCAGAAGAGGAUAGAGGAGAGACACAGGGAGAUGGAAAAUGCCAUAAAGUCCGUCCAGAUUGACCUGCUGAAGUUUUCGCAGUCACACAGCAACACAAGUUAUGUCAUUAACAAGUUGUUGGAGAAAACGCGAAAGAUCAGUGCUCACAUUAAAGAAGUGAGGGCCCGAGUGGAGAAGCAACAAACUCAUGUCAAAAAAGUUGAAACCAAGCAAGAGGAAAUGAUGAAGAAGAACAAAUUCCGUGUGGUAAUAUUCCAGGAGGAUAUUCAGUGUCCAACGUCCCUGUCUAUCAUGAAAGACAGAAGCUUGACUGCUGAGGGUCCAGAGGAGGAGGACGAUAUCUUCGAUCCCCCAGUUGAUCUGUCUUCGGAUGAAGAAUAUUAUGUUGAAGAGAGCAGAUCUGCCAGGCUUAAAAAGUCAGGCAGGGAGCGCAUUGAUAAUAUCAAAAAGGCCUUUUCCAAAGAAAACAUGCAGAAGACACGGCAGAAUUUUGACAAGAAAGUGAACAGAAUUAGGACUAGAAUAGUGACACCAGAGAGGAGAGAGCGGCUAAGGCAGUCAGGGGAGAGGUUAAGGCAGUCGGGGGAGAGGCUGAAGCAGUCAGGGGAAAGGUUUAAGAAAUCUAUUUCUAAUGCAGCGCCUUCAAAGGAAGCUUUUAAGAUGCGUAGCCUUCGGAAAACUAAAGACUGCGCUGUGGCCGAAGGUCCCGAAGAGGUCAGGGAGAUAGGGGUGGACAUCAUUGCCAGGAGCGAGUCUCUGGGCCCCAUCAGUGAGCUGUACACCGAAGUGCUCAGUGAAACAGACCCCGAGGAGGCCAGAGCCUCGCAUCCUCCCCGAGAAGGCGGGGAAAUCUCGACCCCUGAGCCUUUAAAAGUUACUUUUAAACCCCAGGUGAAAGUAGAGGAUGACGAAUCUCUUUUGCUAGAUUUAAAGCAGUAA